AUGUCUCUGAUGGAUACAGGGGUUGGAGCCAGCGUCAAGGGCUACACCCUCCAUGUAUUGUGUCCGUCUUUGCCAUCGCCGAACCGCUUCACGUUCAAAGGCCUGCCCCUCUCCAUCACGGUUGCCGACCUUAAAGUUCGCAUUUCAGAAUUGAUCCCUUCCCAACCGGCGCCAAGAAGCCAGAAGCUAUUAUAUCUCGGAAAGAUACUUGCAGAUGACAGCGUGACCUUGCAGUCGCUGUUCGGUUCACUGGAUAGCGACGAGGUCUCAGUGCACCUUAUACUUCCACCUUCUCCCCCGCAGCCUGCAGACCCAACCAAGCCUACUACGGGUGCCUCAAACACUUCUCAUGCCAUCACUCAUAGACACGACCAACCGCACAACCCUGGAUUACAUGCUCAGCAAAUAAGGUACAGAGCGCCUAAUCCUUUGAGACGGGAUGAAAUCGCCCAGUCCUUGCACGAAAAUGCCCGCCGUCGCCUCGCCGAAAUACAACAGCGAACGCUUCCUGAAUCUCAAUGGCCAAGGCCGCCGCAUUGGGCAUCGCGUCAGCAGAUUCCCCAUCUGCCGCCUUAUAUGCCAGGACCAUCAGUUCCAGUUACACAAACUACAGCACCUUUCGCUUCCUUGCCAAACCUGUCGGUCAUGGACUUAGGGGAGGGCCUGCAACUCCCCGAAGAGGCUCGACCACGUCUAAGGCUGCUAAAACAGUACAUCGGCUUAGCCGAAGAACAACUAAACUGCGGAAUUGCGCCCACAAUCGACCAUGUGAUUCAAUUACGCACACAUCUUUUCAAGCUGCUUGAUGCCCAACUCCAGCGGCCCUUGUCUGAACGCGGCGAGUAUAUUGAGCCAUUAAUCACCCGCGUCUUUGACAUUUCCACGCGCGCGGAUGAGCUUCGCCAGCCUCGCCUUCUGCCCACUCAAUUUGGCCCCUCACAUGGUUCGAUGGGCGAGUUGUACCUCGUCUCUUCACCUAGUGGUUACCAGGCUCUAUGUGCGUCUUCAGUAAAUGCAUCGGGUGCGGUUCGGACACUUGGUACAACGCAAACACUCGGAACAGAAUCUUCCACCAAUGGCCAACAACCCAAUGUACAACAAAAUGCAGACGCCGCGGUUAUGGAAAAUGUCGUUCGUCAAGCCGUACUGAACCAAAGACCUGCAGCCGACGGACAGUUUGGCUUGGGGCGAAAUUUGAGACGGCUGUGGCUUUUUAUGCGACUUUACUUUUUCUGUCAUAUGUUCAGCCAACCUGGUUCUCAAACACGACUACUCUAUGUGACCCUCGCUGUAAUAGCUGCAAUCCUUUCAGAAACUAGCGUACCAAGGCGGUUGUACGAGAUGAUUUUCGCUCCUGUUCAGCGACAUCUCGAAGGCCUGGUGCACUUUGUGCCAGAGCCAGCUCCACAGGGUGCAGAAGCAACAACCAACCAAGGAGUCAGAGUGCAGCCCGAUCGCGAGGCAAGUUGGGCCGCUGGGGCAUACCAUAAUUUACGAAGAGUGGAGCGGUCAGCGGCCCUUUUUAUCGCCAGCCUAGUACCAGGUGUGGGAGAGAGGCACAUUGAGGUACGCAAUGCGGCGGAGGCUGCGCGAAAUGCUGAAAUAGCACGACAGGAGGAAGAACGACGUCGACAAGAAGAAGAAGCGGCGGUAGCAGAGAAUCCAGAGGAGCAUUCACCCGGUGUGGACGACGGAGCCGGCAAUUCUGAUCGGGUUUCUCUCACUGACACAGGGCCCGAAGCUCCGAACGUGCCCCAAACUGCGAUACCCCAAGAAGCACACUAG